AGAAUAGCGUUACACGUUCAUCCUUGACAGUGUGGACUGUUUGUUGCAUUUGCAUUUGCAUGUGAAGCUUUUUCAUUCCAUUUUGCGUAACCUUUUUCUCUGAAUUUCCUUUUCUCCCCGUCGUUCUCUCUUGAUCAGCUCUCUUUCUGAAAAACCAUGAAUUUUAUUGCCGGAGCUUUCAAGCCGCCAUGCAAGAUCUCAAUCUCUUUUGCUGAUGGAAGAACUCGCAAACAGGUUCGCAUGAAGAAGGAAAAUGGCCAAACAGUCAUGGUUCCUCUCUUUCAAAGUCAGGACAAUAUAAUUGGGGAGGUUAUUAUAGAACCUGCAAAUGGGAAGAAGGUUGAACAUAAUGGUGUAAAAAUUGAGCUUCUUGGUCAAAUUGAGUUAUAUUUUGAUAGAGGCAACUUCUAUGACUUUACUUCUCUUGUACGCGAACUUGAGGUUCCUGGCAAUUUAUAUGAAAGGAAAACAUACCCAUUCGAAUUCUCCACUGUUGAAAUGCCAUAUGAAUCAUACAAUGGAAUCAAUGUUAAGCUUAGGUACAUUUUGAAGGUGACUGUUAGUCGAAAUUAUGUCAACAGCAUUGUGGAAUGCAUGGAUUUUGUAGUUCGCAAUUACAUGCCAGCUCCAACAAUUAAUAACAGCAUUAAGAUGGAAGUAGGAAUUGAAGAUUGCUUACAUAUAGAGUUUGAAUACGGUAAAAGCAAGUAUCAUCUGAAGGAUGUCAUCAUUGGUAAAAUAUAUUUUCUUCUGGUGAGAAUCAAAAUAAAAACCAUGGAACUUGAAGUCAGGCGCCGAGAAUCAACUGGAUCUGGGACCAAUACAUAUGUUGAGACAGAAACCCUUUCAAAGUUUGAGUUGAUGGACGGUGUUCCAGUCCGAGGAGAAUCAAUUCCUGUCAGAUUGUUCCUCAGUCCAUAUGAGCUGACUCCAACAUACUACAAUAUCAAUAACAAGUUCAGUGUGAAGUAUUAUCUUAAUCUUGUUCUUGUGGAUGAAGAAGACAGACGGUACUUCAAGCAGCAAGAAAUCACAGUGUAUCGGCUUAAUGAAAAUGACUCCUGAAUAUGCCACGGGAUUAGGAAUUGUUCUGUUCGUGUCACCACUUGCGAGUGGAAAGUUUUCUAAUAAUUUUACUGUAGUGACAAAUUUUGAAACGAUUUUUUAUACCGUUAACAAAUUAGAAAUAACUCUAGAAAUGACUUUUAAAAUAGUUAUUACAGAAAUUAAUAAUUUUUAACUUUAU